AUGAAACUGGAGAAGAACUUAGGAACAUGCGACAGUAGAGGUGUUGGUGGAGUUGGCGUCCUCGUCAACACGAGUAUGGCAAAGAACGUCGACUCUUUCGAACAACUUACGACCCGAAUCAGACGUAUGCGGAUGAGAAGAUGUGGUCCAACACCAGCUUUCACUAUCUUCGUCGCUUACGCUCCAACAUCAAGCUACGAAGAAGAAGAAGUCGAAGCUUUCUAUAUGGACCUGGAGAAGUUCUACCGAGAAGAUCAUGCCCUCUACAGGUUCCGCCUGACAGACGUCGCUGUUGUACCAAAGUUCUAUACGGGAUCGGACCAUCGCCCCCUUCGAGGAAGAUUUUCCUUCACAAGGAGAGCAGAGAAAGCCGCCAAGUCCAGAGAGAGAAAUCCCAGAACUAUCAUCAACUGGGAUCUCUUCGCUACGCUAGCCGGCUUUUGGGAAGAUUCCGCAAUGGACAACAUCGACGAGGAAUAUGACCGGCUUGUUGAACACCUUCACGACUGCGCGAAAAAGGCUGAGAGUUUUAAAACCACCAAGAGACGCCUGUCUCUUGAAACUCUCGAGCUGAUACGCCAGCGUGGAGCAGCACGAGCCGCAGGGAACCAAGAACUUAAGUCCGAGCUCGCAAGGCUUUGCAGAGAGGCGAUAGGGGAAGACCAUAAAGAGAGAAGAGCAGAAGUGUUGGCUGAAGCUGCAGAGGCGGGGAAAAGCAUCCGCUAUACCCAUCGAGACUUCGCCAGUCGCAAGACGAGGAUGACUGCUCUCCGGAACCCAAAGGGAACAGCCAUUGCAUCGAGAAGGGGGAUGGAGAAAAUCAUCUACGACUUCUACUCUGAUCUCUUCGACAGCCAUGUCCACUUUCGUCCUCACCAUCUGAGGGAAGACGGACAAGUCAUUCCAGAGGUUCUCCCGUCCGAAAUACGACAUGCUAUCAUGUUGGUAAGAAAUCGUACGGCACCCGGUCCCGACAGAAUAAGACCAGAACACCUGAAGAACCUUCCGCCAGUACUCAUCAACACCCUGGCGAGGCUCUUUACGCGUUAUCUGUCGGAAUGCAAGGUUCCUAAACAGUGGAAGAUCAGCAAGACUGUGUUGUUGUAUAAAAAGGGAGGUCCACAUGACAUCGGCAACUAUCGCCAAUCUGCUUACUGUCCGUCAUCUACAAACUCUUUACAAGACACGACUGACCACAUUCACACUGUUUCGAAACUCAUCGAGGUAUCACGAGAGUACAAGAUGCCGCUCUGUCUCACCUUCAUCGACUUGAAGAAGGCCUUCGAUUCAGUUGAGACGGAAGCGGUCGUGGAAGCAUUGAACAACCAAGGCGUCCCUACUAAGUACAUAAGGAUACUUCGAGAGUUGUGCAGUAACUUCACGAGCGAAAUUUCGCCAUUCUAUAAGAAUAUCAUCAUUGACGUGAAGAGGGGGGUCCGACAGGGUGAUACAAUUUCACCCAAAAUAUUCACAGCCACCCUCGAGAACGCAAUGCGAAAGUUAGAAUGGGACGACAUGGGAGGAGUGAAGGUUGAUGGUCGGCAGCUACACCAUUUGCUCUUUGCUGAUGACAUCGUACUGAUACCACCUAGCAUCAGCCAAGCGGAACGAAUGGUGACCGAACUCGACGAAAUAUGUGGAUGCAUCGGUUUUCAGCCGAAUCUAACGAUCAAAUGCUUCCAAGGCAUUACGGAAACAUUAGCUGGUGUCUUCAAAAGCAUUUCCACGAUGUAA